GUCUAAACGAGAGAAAUAAAAGGACUUAAUUGAAGAUGAACAGCCAUAAUUAGAACUCGGGCUUAAUUUAGAGAGCAUGGGACGUCCAACGGCCAAGACGCUUGUCCGACUCAUCAUGGUGGUUAACAUAGCCAUCUUUUCGGCGCCGGCGGCAGCGGCAGUACCUUCUCAAGCCUUACCCGGGUGUGAAAGUAAGUGUGGGGACUUGGAAAUUCCAUAUCCGUUCGGGAUGAAAAAAGGGUGUUAUCUCAACAUUAAUUUCUCCAUCACCUGCAACGAAACUCAUUAUCAUCCUCCAAAGCCAUUUCUAAUGAACGGCAACAUUGAAGUAACCAAUAUAUCGCUCUAUGGCGAGCUCCACAUCUUGAACUACAUAGCCCGAGAUUGCUACAGAAAAGAUGGCCUUCCUGGCAUCAAUAACAGACCCAGACUUACUGUCCCCAUGUUCGCAAUUUCCAACACCAAGAACAAGUUCACCGUCGUUGGCUGCGAUACAUAUGCUUAUAUCUAUGGUGACCUUCCGGGUGAAUCCUACACAAGUGGGUGCAUGGCAUUGUGUACUGCAGAGAGUGAUGUAACUAUAGAAGAUGGGUCCUGCUCUGGGAAUGGGUGCUGUCAGUUGGAAAUUCCCAAAGGCCUAAAACUAUUACGUCUGGAUGUUAGAAGCUUCGAUAAUCACACAUAUGUACACAGCUUCAAUCCAUGUGGCUUUGCAUUUGUUGUCCAACAAAACCAAUUUAGUUUCUCCAAAAAAUAUAUUCAAAACAUCACGGAAGACAGACUUCCGCUUGUGCUUGAUUGGGGCAUCAAAAAUGAUACUUGCCAACCACCCAACCAACAGAGACAAUGCCUAUGUGGACCAAACAAGAGGAAUAGUAGCUUAUCACUUGAUGGAUCUGAAUAUUAUUGUCAGUGCUUGGAUGGUUUCCAUGGAAAUCCUUAUCUCCCAGGUUGUCAAGAUAUAAAUGAAUGUGAAGAUGGAUCCGAUCCAUGUGUACCCCAAGCCAAGUGUGAAAACAAAGCAGGAAAUUAUACCUGCUAUUGUCCCGAGAAGUAUGAAGGAGAUGGAAAACGUGAGGGAGCAGGUUGCAAACGAAAGUACUCCAACUCCAUGUUGAUUCAAAUUAUCAUUGGAACUGGUGUGGGGUUUGUAGUUUUGCUAAUCGGUAUCUCAUGGUUAUACUUGGGUUACAAGAAGUGGAAGUUCAUCCAACAGAAAGAGAAGUUUUUCAAGAACAAUGGAGGCACCAUGCUUCAACAACACCUUUCUCAGUGGCAGUCACCUGCUGACACAGUCAAAAUUUUUAGCCAAGAGGAGUUGGAAAAAGCUACAAACAAGUUCAACGAAAGCACAGUGGUAGGAAAAGGUGGCUAUGGCACUGUUCACAAAGGAGUCUUGGACGAUGGUUCGGUUGUCGCCAUUAAAAAAUCACAAUUAGUUGACCAAUCCCAAACUUCCCAAUUCAUCAAUGAAGUCAUUGUUUUGUCCCAAGUCAACCACCGUAACGUGGUCAAGCUCUUAGGGUGUUGUUUGGAGACACAAGUUCCAUUAUUGGUGUACGAGUUCAUCCCCAACGGCACGCUCUUUGACCACAUCCAUGACCAAACAAAGUACUAUUCUAAUCAUCUUUCGUGGGAAGCUCGCUUGAGAAUAGCUUCAGAAACUGCAGGGGUCAUUUCAUAUUUGCAUUCUUCAGCUUCUACUCCAAUUAUCCACAGAGAUAUCAAAUCUGCUAACAUACUGUUAGACCAUAAUUUAACUGCAAAGGUGUCGGAUUUUGGUGCCUCGAAGUUAGUUCCAAUGGAUCAAACUCAGUUAUCCACGAUGGUGCAAGGAACUCUUGGAUAUUUGGACCCUGAAUACUUGUUAACAAGUGAGUUGACAGAGAAAAGUGAUGUGUACAGCUUUGGAAUUGUGCUUCUAGAGCUUAUAACAGGGAAGAAGGCAGUGCGUUUUGAUGGACCAGAAAUAGAGAGGAAUCUGGCCAUGUAUGUCUUUCGUGCAAUGAAAGAAGAUCGUUUAGUAGAAAUUGUGGACAAGGGAAUGGUGAUGGAUGAAGGGAAGUUGAAUCAAAUAAAAGAAGUAGUAAAAGUAGCUAAGGAGUGUGUAAGAGUGAAAGGAGAGGAGCGACCUAGCAUGAAAGAGGUGGCUAUGGAAUUAGAGGGCUUGAGAGUGAUGCAGGUUCAACAUUCAUGGAUUAACAACAAUUUAUCCAACUCGGAAGAGAUGAUAAGUUUAUUGGAUGAAACUCCAAACUCCACCGACCAAUUUCUUGUUAGCAACAGUAUUAAUUUUGUGGAUAAUAGUAUAAAGAUAGACAUUUUGGGGACACAUAUCCCAGAUGCAAGAUGAUUGAUGGAGUGUUUUCUUAAAAUGUAUCAGGAUGAAGAUUAAAACCUCUCGUAUCUCUUAGCAGAAAAUAUAUAUUAUAAACAAUCAAGUUGUGCUUAUAUUAAUAUUA